UUGGACGGUGAUUGUGUCAAGCUCACAAUUACAUGUACCGAAUCUAAUCUAAUCGGGAAUUAUUCGGGUAAAUAAAUUCGUUAUUGUGUUAAAAAGGAAGUUUACAUUAAAUUAUGGUAUAUAUAUGUUGUUAUAUCUGUACAUAAUUAUUCAGUAUAUGUUCAGUAUUCAGUUCGUAAGAAGUACAUUUUACGCUAACUUUUAUUUUGACGACAUGAAGAUCGUUAACUGUGUGUUGGUGUGCCUAUUACCUUGUUUAUUACCAGGGCACGUGGUGUCUGAUGACCGACCCGCUGGUUGCCCAGAGGACUUGCUUCCGCAAAACCUUGUUACAUAUAGCUCCGCCUGUCUGCAGAUCAACUUUAAUCACACGAACUGGGAAGUAGCGCGGAACCGGUGCCUUAGUGAUGGCGGGGACCUCGUCCAGAUCAGGACAGAGGGUAUACAACGGUUCCUAGAACACUUUCUGAUGUCACAGAAGAUGGAGAAAACUGGGUUCUGGAUUGGCGCCUCCGAUAAAGACACAGAAUCACAGUGGGAAUGGGUGGCCGGUGAAAGAAAUAUGACGUACUCCAACUGGCAGAACGGUCAGGGAACGAAGGCGCCGAAACACUCACAAGAUUCUGACCUGGAUGACUGCGCAGUGAUGCGUGUCGACUAUAGAUUUAAGUGGUAUGACGUGCCUUGUACCAAUAAGUACCUCACGUACUCCUACAUAUGUCAGUAUGCUCUGACUUCAAGAUCCGGCGAAGAACGGUACAGAGGCCCCGGCAUUUUGAUGUUGCUGACCACCAUUGUUGUGUUAAAAUUUGUUCAAUAUAUGCAGUUGGGCAGAUAAAGAUUCGGAAAGAACUUCAGAAACUUAUUUCAUUUCGGGUUGUUGCUUUUUUUUUUACGUUCUUCCUCUUCCAGAGUUAAACUGGAUAGAUUUCUUCAUAUCAAGUUUGCACCUUCUGCACUAUUAUAAGUCAUAGAUCAAAAUUUUUAUUAUCAUUUCACCAGUACGGAAAUAUCAUCUGAUCCCACCUCUGGUGUGUCUAGGGGUCCGUGUUCGCCCUACUCUUAAUUUAUUUUGUAUUAUAAGAUUGAUCACACUGUUCGUUAUCUUUACUUUUUCACCGAACUGUAUCAACUUCAAUGAUGUAUCGUCUAACUGAUGAAUAUUAAAUAAAUAUUUCAUUUAUACAUUUA